AGCGUAUACGUACGUAUAGAAUCAGUGUUAAUAUUUUAUUCUGAAUUACCGCCAGAUGGUAAGUCAACAGUUAGUCUGCGCAGAAGGCUACCGCGACUUGCAACUUAUUCUAUUGCUCUGCCUAUUUCAGAAAACCCUUUUUCUUACGUAUUCGUACGGUACCUCCCAUUUCUAGUCUUCUUGGCCUAACUUUUGUUUUAUUUUGGAUACAUAAAUUAUUUAUUUCUGUGAAUAAUAUGCCAAAACACAAAAGUACGAAACGUGUACGGAAACAUCGACUGUCAACCCAAUUUUCAUCUCUGCCGAAUAUAUCAAGUCCUUCAGAUGAUUCAAAUCAUGAAGAUGCGAAUGUUAAUGAGAAUAUCAGCUCACAGCUAGGACAACAAUAUGAUUCGCUUAGUUCCCAUAUGGAAGAUUGUCUCAUACCAGGCGACAUUGAUUCAAACUACGAAAUUAAUGAAUCUGAAGACCAAAGGGCUGAAUGCUAUAUGAGGAUACACGCAAUGUUACGAAAAUGGCGCUUAUUCCCUGAUAUUUAA